AUGGACGCGUCGGAAGAGAAGGUAGCUCUGGAGAGGGGGACGAUGUGGCAGCAGGAGACGACGCACAGUACCGGAGAGGAUAUGCUACAGCAAGAAGCGACAGACGCAGACAUUCGCGUGAGCAUGCCACCAGAAGAUAGCCAACGAAACACAUUGGUCGCGGACGACGAGAAGGAUGUAAUCGAGAAGGAGACAGGGACAGACACGACCGCUGCUGGAACUCCGGACCCGAAGCAUUUAAGUGUCGACUUCGAUACUGAAGGACGGAGGAAACGCGAAUCCGUCGAGUCCAGGUUGUCAAGCGUACUACGAGACUCCUCCGUACUCUCAGAGAGUGACUUUGGCGAGCUGGAUGAGCAGAUUCGUCAGGCACGACUGAGGCAGGAGCAAGAACGGCCACAAAACAGUCGCGGACAGACAAGCGCAUCUGGCGUGUCGACCCGGUCACAACGCAGCGGCAGGAGUAUGCCACCUUUGCGGCGAAAGGAGACCAAACUUGCACAGAAGGAGGCGCAUCCAUGGCAGCACCUUGGAAUAACACUAGGUCUGCCUAUGAUCGUGCUUUUCGACAUUGUGGUGCCCAUCAUCAUCUACUAUGCCUGGUAUAACAGCCGUGUUAGCGACUGGAAGAAAGAAUGCAGACAGCAACAUCCAGACCAGGACCCGUGCCCGAUCCCAAAGCCCGAGUACGACAAGCACAUUCUUGGCUACGCUAUCAUCUCCUUCGGCUUUGGAGAGCUUUGGAUCCUGGUAGCUCGGAUGUGGCGGCUCGUGCGAGAGCGGGAGAUAUGUGCGCCGCUGUUGUCUCGAAAUGUCUGGGAGCUGGAUGCAACCUCCUGGGUGUAUGGAGUGGCCAUGCUCAUGGCCUUGAUACCGUUCGUCAUUGGCGCCGAGCUGGAGCUGCAGCAUCUCUACCUCUACGCACCAACGUUCAUAAUGGGAUUUCUCGGCAUGCUAAUGAUAGUCACGACUUUCUUUCCCUUCACAUUGCCAAUUGGAAUCAACUCGCAGGCGAGAGGGACCAAGCUUCGACCAUUCAUCUACUACGCAGCGGAGGACUUUGUCGCAGUAGAUGGACUGCAAGACCGCGAGUUCCGGGUGCGGUUCAACGAACGUUACGAAACGAACAAGAUGUUCCGGCGCUUCUUCCUCUACCUUACGCUCUGGUGGCUGUUGGGUGUCUUUGUGUACAUCGGCUGCGUGUCGGCCGUGAUAUGGACGCUGGACUUCCAUUACGCGUUUGGCUUGUCCCUGGGCGUGCUGUUCUCGUACAUCACGAUAUGGGCAAGCGUGACGGCUGUCUGGGUCAACGUGGAGAUGAAGCGGGAGCAUACAGCUUACGAGAAUGGCGAGAUAGAAGCAUAA